CGACGGUCGUCCUGCAUUCAAACUUCAAAGGCUCCCCUUAGAGUCCCCUGUCAACGAGAAACACUGACGGACAGGACAGUCCCAUCACCACCAUCCGGUCUCCCACCAUGUCACCCCCUUCAAUCGCAAACCCCACCUACAAGCCCAUCCCGCACCCCGCCACGGGUUCAUUCCCUACCUUCCAGGCCUUCUGGCCAUUCUACCUCGGCGAGCAUGCCAACAAGACGUGCCGAAGGCUGCACUUGACUGGAACAACCUUCGUGAUCGGCGUCCUCGCCACCGCCAUCACCACCUUGCAACCGCGUCUGCUCAUAUAUGUCCCGCUGAUAGGGUACGGGUUUGCGUGGGUCGGACAUUUUUUCUUUGAGCACAACAAACCAGCGACGUUCAAGUACCCCGUGUGGUCAUUGAUGAGCGAUUUCAAGCUGUGGUGGGAGGUGGCGACGCUGAAGAGGGCGUUUUAACAUGAUGGCGAUAACAGGAGGAGGGAGGUUUAAACGGAGUGAGAGGAGUUGGACGAUGGUUCUUGUUUUGAUUCAUGGGGCGUGGUCACUGUGGAACCGCUCUACUAUCAAGUUUUCCGUCCGGCGUAUGAGCAGCUAUCGUAGGAGAGGUUAUAAAUAGGAUUUGGAUUGCCAUUUGGGCC